AUGAAUGACAACAUUCAUCAACAGAUUCGGAUGCUCGCCUAUGCCUUGAUCACAGUUACACUGACGGUUACCGCCACUUUACUCUGUUUGCACGAAAAAGGUAUAGUGUUUUCAAUUUGUCAUUCACUGCAGCGCCAUAUUGUGUUGGGCUACCCUCUGUUUGUGUACUGUAAAGCCCACUGCCCUCUUUCUAUGUCGGUCGAUGAGUUGACAGGUUGUGUAAAAGGGGGCAUUAGGACCCCGCAGACAACUAGAGUGGGCGGAGGAGGAGAAGGCAGACAGAGGCGAAGUUGUCCCCAUAGGACUGAUCAGAGGUCAGUUCUAAAUGUUCCCUUUGAAACUAACGGUCGCAAAGAGGCUUCUAGACACUGA